AUGGCUCGUUUCUUAUGGAAACCGAUUCCGGUCAGUCACUAUAAGGUUGCAUGGAGGCAGUGUUGUCUCAAAAAGUCUGAAGGGGGAUUGGGGUUUAAGGAAGUCCUGAGUUGGAAUAAAAGUUCCAUUAUGCUUCAAGCUUGGCAUAUUAUCAAGAACCAAGAUGACUCUUCAUGGCUCCAGUGGGUUCACAAAUUCUUUCUUAAGCGGCAUCCGUUUGGGAGCUGCAGUGUUCCUGCUAAAUGUCCUUGGGGGCUUAGAAAAAUUCUUAAUUCUAGAGGUGAUAUUUUUGGUCAUAUUCAAUAUCUUGUGGGGACUGAUUGCUCUUUUCUAUUGUGGCAUGAUCCCUGGGCCGGCAGUUCAUUGAUAUGUAGGCUGAGGAAUCGAUCGAUUACUUCUCUGGAGUCCACCAUGUUUGCUAAGGAGUUGCGUCAAAUCUAUGAUAGUAUUGUUAUACACGCACCGGAUGGCAAUGGGAGAAAUAAUCUUAAAAUUUCUGAUAUAUGGAAUAGUCUGCGACCAAUGGAAUCUAUGCCUGCUUGGUGUCAGUUUGUUUGGUGCAAAUUUUCAAUUCCAAGAUUUGCCUUUACUGUUUGGUUAAUAGUUCAGGAGAGACUCCUCACUAAAGACCGUAUGACUUACUUCCAGAUGAGGGUUGACAGGAGCUGCGUCAUGUGUGGAAUGGCUGAAUAA